CUGCGGACACCUCUGAAUUUUCAUUCCUAUCUAAACUCACCCUUAAAAUACUACCUCCACAAUAAAAGUGUGCUAAGCGCAUAAACGCCGUUUAGGCCUAACACGAUUUCUUGGACACCGGCAAAAAUGGAAACAAAAAGUAUAAGAGAGUGAAAAGUUUAUGGUUAACGUGUAAACCUGCUACAACAUAAUCAACAUUGUGAUGUUUUACGUGUGAAUAAAGUCAGAAUUUGGUCACUAGAAUAAGCAUUUUUCUUACAUCCAUAACAAAAGAAGAAAGGUGUGUUUAUCUAUCGUUACUUUCGUAAUGACUUAAAAAUGGUUAUCACGCCUAAUAUUUCUAAACCAAAACCACCCACUCUUAAACAACAUUAUCAAAUCAUUAAAAAGGAGAAUCAUAAGAACACAACAGAAGAAAUGAUCCCAUCAUUACAAACAAGAAGAUUCUAGCUAUUACGUAAACCCACCAAAAAUUAGAUAAAAUGGCAGAUUUCGAUAUAGAGACCAGCAGCAACCAUAACAGCAACCACUCAACCGCAUCAACGACAAGCGUUCAUGUUUCAGCUCUCGACGGGAUAGUCAACGCAAAUUCACUCUUCACGGUUGCAGUCUUUGUCGGAAUCACAUUCGACCAACCACGUGACCUCAACCUCGCGGAUAGGACGGAGUGCAACGCGGGACGAGACGUGGAACGGGACCUCGUUGUGUUCGAAGUGAUCUCAUUUGCAUUCUUCCUCUUCUCCUCCCUCGUGGCUCAAGGGCUGAAGCUAACAAUAAACUUGUUGAACAGCAAAGAAACAGACGAGGUUUUUAAAGCAAAUAUCAACAGUGAUCUUCUUCGUCUCGGUGUGGUUGGUGCAGCCGGUGGGUCCAUCUUGGGUUGUGUGUUCCUUCUAUUGUCAAUGGUUGAAGUUAUUCAGCUCCGUCUCGGGCUGCUCUCUUGUGGUACCUCAUUGGCGAUUCAUACCGUGUUGGCGCUUGUGGUCUUGGUCUCUUCUGCUCUUAGUGUUUAUAUUUUCACUGUGUUUUACUCUUUCAGGAAAUGAUUGAUUAUCUUUUUACAUAUAUUAAGAACCUAAUAGUUGUAAUUUUGUAAAGUAACAUAUAGUUGUGAAAUUAGUGAUAUAAGUAUACACAUGUAUCUUAGUAUCUACAUAAAGAAAGAAAAAUAAUGUUUAAUAAAACCUAAACAAAUAGGAGUAUGUAUGUUUCGGUUAAAAAGACUACCGAGAAUGUGAAUUGAAUUAGUCCCUAGAGACUGUACAUAAUUGAGAAUUGAAUUUGUCCUUAGAGAGCAUACAAACUUUUCAGCUUUAGAGAAUGAAGCAAUGGGUGAAAAUAUUGAUGACAAGAGCUUGAAGGUGCAGACAGAGGAAAUCAACAAAAACAAAGAACAGUCCACCUAUAUGGCAAAAGAGACCAGAUUUAAAAUACGUCAUCUAAUCAUUACAACAUGGCUCACAAUUAAGUAAAAUUUAUCUUCAUAGAGUACAACUGUACAAGCUAAAACAAAAUUAUAUAUGGAAAGAUCUCAAAGACUAAAUAGGUAAUCAUGUAGAAUAUCUGACUAUCUGAGUAUUAUAAAAACGCACAUUGAUUUUACAUUAACAUUCAAAAGCAGAUUGGAGAUAUCAAACUGAUUUAAAGAAAACUAAACAACUAAGUACAUAGAUUCAUGCAUAAGCUCACAAGACUAGCACAACAUCGUCGAAAUAUAUAAGACGAAUUCACUUACCACUUCUACAAAAACAUAUAUAGCCAGAAGAUCAAAACCAAAACUAUUUCUAAGAAACCUGUUCUUGCAAGAAUAU